CAAGUGAAGACUACAGAAGAGGUUUGAAGAGGCUCGGAGUUGUAAUUCGGGUUUAAGAUUUUUUUAGAAAUUGAUCCAGUACUUUUUUAUACCAUUCUUUAAUACUAAAUACUAAUUUCGCGCUGUCAAGAGGAAAUAGGGCUCAAAUGAAAUGGACUUUUGGAAACUUCAAAUUCCCACAGCACUACUAUUUGGUCUGAUGACCUUGGGAGCUGCCCAAGUGGAGGUGGAUCGGUUCGUGAGCAGCAAUACGGGUCAAGAGGUCACCCUGAGAUGUGCGUACAUGGGGUCAGAACGGCUCUCCAGAAUAACGUGGCAGAAAGUAAACGGAGGCUCGCCAGUGACAAUCGCGGCGGCCAUUCCUGCAGGUUACGCGGUUGGCUUCGAUCCUGACCUCUCGCGCCGGUUGCGCUUCACGAAUCUCGACUCAGAACUGAGAAACGCAUCCAUCCGCAUCGAAGACCUGCGUCUAGAGGACGCUGCAGACUUUGUCUGCAACUUUGGCACUCUUGAUAAUGGAGGCUACUCUUCGGCAAAAGUCCGCCUCUCUGUGAAUGUUCCCCCGAACGCCUCUCUGGAGUCGAACCCAUCCCAGCUGGUCGAGGGCAGGGCGGAGGUGACCGUGGCCACGUGCGUCGCUCUGGGAGGACAACCCGCAGCUUCCGUCACCUGGAGCGGCCUCGAUCAUCAUCAGGGCAGCUCCUACGAAACCACAGAGAUGGAACCCGAUGGCACGGUGACAGUGAGGAGCGAGUACCGGAUGGAGCCCACGCGCGAGAGCCACGGGCGGACGCUCACCUGCAAGGUGGAGCACCCGGCCCUGGAGAUCCCGGUUGUUAAGUCCACCAUCCUCGAUGUCCACUAUAAACCGAGAGUGACUGUCGUAGAAUACGACGGCGAUCGGGAUCUGGGGAGACGAGGAACUCGGCUCACCUGCCGAGUGGACGCCAACCCUCAUGCGACGCACUACUUGUGGAGCAGGGACGGCGCUUCAAUCUCCAGUGGCGCCCUUGAGAAGGGGAGCUCUCUUAGCUUCCGAAGCCCGCUGGUCGAGUCGGGCUCUGCGUCAUUCUCCUGCCGCGUCAAUAAUUCGGUGGGCUGGGGCGAGGCGGCAAUUAAAGUAAUGAUCAGGUCACGUAGAGGUGCCAGUUUUUCAAUGUCUAGAAGCAUCUCUACUACCAGUGCUGCGUUCACUACAGCCAUCUCUUCCACCGGUUCUGCCUUAACUUCGACCAGCCCUACCGCCAGUUCUGACUCAACUACAAGCCGUUCUACUAUCACUCCUGCCUCAACUACAACCAGCCGUACCACCAGACCUGCCUUAACUACAGUCAGCCCUUACAUCGGUGGCGUUGAGACCUGGGUUGUAGCCGUUGCCAUCGUAGUGCCGCUGACGGCAUUGGUGGCAGCGGUGGGUCCCGUUUACUACUUCUGCUUCCACAACAGGAGAAAGAGCAAAGGUGAAAAUUGCCAGCAGAAUACUGCGGAUGAAACCGAGCAGCAGCAACAUCAGCAGCAGGACGACCAUCAUCAGUACGAAUACAUUGACGGGAAAUUCCCAUCCCACAAUCUGGAGUUACAACAGCCGCCCUCUGGCCGUGCCGAAUUCUACAAUGUGCAUGCAGAAAUCACUUCCAAAUGGAACCACAGAAAAAAUCUGGAUGAGAAAAACCUGAAUUCUACUGAAUCGAACCCACAAAACCAAUAUGGCGUUCACUACCAGCCUCUGAAGCCGUCUACAGGGAAAACUUACGAUGAAUUAAACCAUCCCACAUACGAGAAUGUAUGAGAUUAAGCACUUUCAACACAUUGCACUAAACGACACGGUUAAAACCAAUGUACACGGGUUUAAUUAGAAGUUAAAUUUAUUCGGGAAUUGUGACGCGCACACGUAAUAAGCACUUUGGAGGUGGAGUUAGUGGAUACGAUAGGAUCGUGUUCGGUGAUCGUUCUAUCUUUAAGUCGUCCAAAGUGAGGUGCGGGGGAAGGACAAUAAAAUAAAAACACGAAAAGCAGCUCUAAAAAAUUUAGUUUUAAAUAUCGGCUUAUCCGUGUGGACUUUGGGCAUGGAUCUCCUUGUAUACGUGGUGGGUUUAUUCUGGCUCUCCAAUUUAUUGCCCAUAUCAUGAAAAUAACAGAAAAUGUACUCAAUAAACUUGCCAAUCUUCUCAA